AUGUCUUUUAUAGCUGAGACGCCGGAGCCUCCUUACUACGUAGUCACUUUCACAGAGAUCUUCAAGCCAGGCUUGGAUCCUACAAAGUACCGGGCAUUAGGCACAGAAAUAGCAAAACUUGCCCAAAAACUGCCUGGCUAUUUGGGUAUGGAAAGCGUUUCUAACGACAAAGGAGAGGGAAUCACGUUGAGCUACUGGACAGACCGUAUUAGUAUAGUCAACUGGAAGAAGAACUCGGAACACCUUCUUGCUCAGAAAGCCGGCCGCAACGAGUUCUAUUCGAACUAUACCACUAGAGUAGCCAAGGUUGAAAAACUGUACACAUUAGAGUCUUCCACUUUCAAGGAUUAA